AUGGAACAAAGCAGGGAAAAGGGAAAGGCGCUUGCAGCUGAAUCAAUGACCGAACACAAUGAUGAAGUAGGAGAGUCUCAUGCUGUUGUUUUCACAACUCCUAAAGAAGUUUCAACGCUGGGGGAUGCUGAGAUAGAUGAGGCCGGAAAGGAAGACGAAUCUGAAAAAUCCACUGGGCUACAGAAUGAUCAACCUUCAGCCGAUUCUGAACUAAGCGAAACAGGAUGGCAAGGAAUCAAUAGUGCUGACAAGUCAUGUCUUUUUACAAGCGCGGAGAGACAACUAGUUUACGGAGGAUCUGAACAAAAGGAAGCAGUAAUGAUUGGAGAAAUAGUGGGUGCAGAGUUUCAUGAUGGGUAUGUUGUUCCAAAUGUUCCAGUUAAACAUCCCUUUCCAGAAAACUCAGAAUUGGACGACGCUGCAGAAGGUGAAGUUAAUAAGUCUGUGAAAUUGCGAGUUGACUCUGGCAUUUUCACUAGUGCCGAGAAACAUCUUGAAACAGAUGAAGAGAUAAAAGGAGAUAAUAUAACUGCUAAGUCUCAUGUUGUCUCUGAUCUUCUCACUGCUGCCGAGGGCCACUUUCGUCUGAUGGGAGAGUCUGAACCAGAUGAAGCUGAAAAAAGCAGGGAAAAGGGAAAGGCGCUUGCAGCUGAAUCAGUGACAGAACAAAACGAUGAAGUAGGAGAGUCUCAUGCUGUUAUUUUCACAACUCCUAAACAAGUUUCAACUCUGAGGGAUGCUGGGAUAGAUGAGGAGCAUACAUCUACCAACUUUCCUGAUGAAUUUGAUGUCAUCAAUACCACCGAGAGACACUUGAUGUCGCAAGGCGAAAAUAGAGUUGUUGAGCUUCAUGGCGAGUCUGGCAUUGCUACUAUUUCAGAAAGAAAAUUCACUGUGGAAGACUUUAAAGGAGAUCGAUCUGGAAUGAAUGAAGAUAAUAGGACUGUAGAGCUUCAACGUGAUUCUGGCACUUGUAGCCUGGAUACACAUACUCACUUGGGAAAUUAUGUAUCAGGUGGAGGGAACAAACCUAUGGAGUUUUAUGAAGAUUAUGUUGUUUUCACUGACCUGGAGAGAUAUGAGCUUGCUGGAUCUGUUGGACAUUAUAAAGCUAGAGAAAGUGAAGGAAAAGAGGUUGUGCAGUUGUAUGAGAAAUCUGAAGUGUCCACUGGGCCACACAGUGAUCAACCUUUAUCAAAUUCUGAACUAAGUGGAUGGCAAGGAAUCAAUAGUGCUGACAAGUCAGUGAAGAAAAAUAAGCAUGUGGAAUUGCGAGUUGACUCUGGCAUUUUCACUAGUGCCGAGAAACAUCUUGAAGCAGAUGAAGGGGUAAAAGGAGACACCAUAAGUGCUAUGUCUCAUGCUGUGUCUGAUGUUCUCACUGGUGCUGAAGGCCAGUUUCUUAUGGGAGAGUCUGAACCAGAUGAAGCUGAAAAAAAAAACAGAGAAAACAACGAUGUGGAUAUGUUGGGUGAAUCUAACACGUCCUUUAACCUAGAGAUGCACAUGCCGUUUGGAGACUCCGAACUAGAUGGAACAAAAAACAUAAGAGAUUAUACAGCUACCACUUGCGAAGAGUCUUUUGUUUUCAUUUCUCCAGAGAGACGACAACUUCUACUGAACUUUGAACCAUACAGUGCUGGUAAGAAAGAACAAACGGUGGUGGACGACAGUGUGGUUCAGGAAAGUCUUCUUGCAGCUUCGGAUUUCAGAGAAAAUACCAUUGCUGACUCAAGCAGUAGUAUCGCAUCCAAAUUUGUUUACAGCAAUGACUCUAGUGCUGGGAUAGAAACUGCAGGCGCAGAGUUGAUGCCAAAAGGUUCUCAGGUAGAGGAUGUUGCAGGUCUAGAUACUACACAAGGGUCAAAGAAAAGCAGAGAGCAUUUUUCACAUGUUGACUCGUUAAAUCUUUUUGAUUUUGAGAUUGAAGAGGCAGAGACAAUCAUGGAAGCAGAAAGAAAUGUUUCCUUUAGCUCGUAUGUUGCGUUACCAGCCAAAGGUAACUCCGAGACAGUUGACGAGAUUUCCCACGACCUUGAAGGUGCUGGAACCUGUUCCAUGGUGUCUGAAGAAUCUGGUCCUUCCACAGACAAUCAGAAUCAGAUAAGUGAUGCGCUGGAAGAAUUGGCAAUAACAGACAUUAAUGAAGCAGAUGAGCUAACAAAGAACAUUCAAAAAGGCUUCGAGGGAAAUUUCCUGUUGAAUUCUUCAGGUGGCUCCUAUGUCAAUGUCACUGGAAAGACAUGCAUCUUAGUUGGAACGGAGGAUGAAGAUAAAGCAGCUGGUCCUGUUGCUACUGCCUUUGAGAAAACAAUCUCUCUGACCCCUGAUGAAUUUACUGUUCAGAAUAACAUGAAUGAAAAAGAUUUGGAAAUGAUCAGGAGAGAAGCUACUCCUGAGAUUAGAAAGGAUUAUUUAAACAUUGAUGAAACAGGCGCGAUAUCCGAGAUGCAAGUGAGAAGAGAACCAAGCUUGAUUUACAGAACACAAGUGAAGCCUAAAAGGCAUGACAUGAAAGAGAAUGCACCAAACUUGAAGAUUGUGCAUAAUCUUAACGUAACAGCUCCAAGAACAUCAAAGAGACAGCCGCUCCAAGACUUGGGGAAGAACUAGAAGACGAAUCUGCAUAUCUCAUGCACUUAUC